AUGUGGGGUAAUCUCGAAGGUUAUGCGCUGGAGGUCGUUCUGACCGCUGCAAACUCCGCCGGCCAGGCAUGGUACGGCUACGACCAGGGUAUCAUCAGUGGUAUCUUGAUUAGCUCGGACUUCAUCAACCAGUUCCCGCAGACCAAGGAUCCGGAUAUUCAGGGCAUCACAGCCAGUUGCUUUUCGCUGGGAAACCUUGCGGGAUGUCUACUUGCCGCUCUCUUCGGCGAUCGCCUAGGACGGAAGAACACUCUUCGCUGUGGAGCGGUAAUAAGCACUAUCGGCGCCAUCCUCCAGUUCGCUGCUGUCAACUUCGGAAUGCUGAUCCUCGGUCGUGUUAUAAACGGCGUCGGAAACGGUAUGGAAGACUAUACAGUCGGUGUCUAUCAAGCUGAAUCCGUACGCGGCGUACGACGAGGAAAGCUGUCCGUGAUAGUGGUUUUGCACAACGUCAUCUUCUACAUGAUCGGAAGCUGGCUUACUCUCGGCACAUCCUUCGCGGACAAUGGCAUUCAGUGGCGACUUCCGCUCGCUCUGCAGCUUGUUCCCUGCGCUGCUAUGGUCAGCUUCCUUAUGUUCGUCCCAGAAUCUCCCCGGUGGCUCCUGAUGCACGAUCGAUUCGAGGAAGGCCACGAGGCCCUUCGACGAUAUCUCGGAAAGGGCCUCAGCCUAGACGAUGAGGUUGUCAUGAAGGAGCUAAUGUCCAUCCGCGGCGCCAUCGAGAUCGAGCGGCAGUCGCAGAUCUCGUUCAAAGAAGUCAUCCUUCGCAGGGAUCGAUCCGCUCAUCUUAGACGACUCCUACUUGGCUGCGGAACGCAGUUCAUGCAGCAAUUCGGCGGCAUCAACGCCUUGAAUUACUACUUCCCGACUAUCCUCGAACAAAACCUCGGUAUGACCGAAUUUAUGGCUCGUGUUCUCACUGGCUGCAACGCUACUUCAUAUGUUAUAAGCUCGGCCCUAGCCUUCUGGAUGAUUGAGCGCAUUGGUCGCCGCUCGUUGAUGAUGGGCGGGGCCGGUCUGCAGUUCUUGGCGUAUGUUAUGGUCGCCAUCGCCGUUGCGCUCCUGCAUACCGCGGAGAAACAAUGGGGUGCCGUCGCCAUUACGUUCCUCUUCUUCUAUUACGCCGCCUUCGGUUGCACCUGGGGAAUGGUUCCAUGGGUGUAUCAAUCUGAGGUCAACUCACUGGCUAUGCGAACGCGCGGUGCAGCUGCUGCCACGGCUACGAACUGGCUCUUCGGCUUCGUCUGCACACAGUUCACGCCCACGGGCAUCAAAAACAUUGGCUACCGGUUCUAUAUCAUCUUCGCCUGUUUCAAUCUUAUCUUUGUAUUCGUCGUCUACUUCCUUUACCCUGAAACUGCACAACGUACGCUCGAGGACGUGGACGCGUACUUCGACAAAGACUCUGGUCACAAAUGGUACAUUCCUAUCGGCGACAAGGUCGGAAAGCAGAGCACUCGUCCCGCAGAGGCUCUCGAAGCCGAACAAGCACGUAUUGCGACUGCCUCCGGAAUGAAGAUGUACGCUGCGGGAAAGAACACCACGACGCAUGUAGAAGAACUUAACGCUUGA